CAUGGAAAAAGGCAGCGUUUUCCAAAUUUCAAGUUGAUAGGCCAAAUGGCCAGUGGAAUAACAUUUUUACACUCAGUUAAGCUUUGUGAAUACUUUUGGAUGUUGCUAGAGAUGUGCAGAUUUUAGUCUGAGAUUUGUGUAGCAGUGGGAAGACAGUAGAAAGCCCUGCAUACAGAAGAAUGGGCAGUAAGAAGAAGGAGAUAUUGCUGCAGAUUACUAUCAAUAACCAGGAGCUGUGGGAGGAAAUGCUGUGUUUCAAAGGACUGAUGGUUGUUGACGUGUAUCAAGCCUGGUGUGGUCCAUGCAAAACAGUAGUGAACCUUUUCAGGAAAAUAAAGAAUGAGCUUGGUGAUGACCUUCUGCAUUUUGCUGUGGCUGAAGUAGAUUCCAUCGGUGCUCUGGAAAAAUAUCAAGGAAAAUGUGAACCUACUUUUCUCUUUUAUGCAGGAGGAGAAUUGGUAGCUGUUGUAAGAGGAGCUAAUGCACCGUUGCUGCAGAAAACCAUCCUGGAACAGCUAGCAGCAGAAAGGAAGGUCCUAGAGCAUGGAGCAGAGCAUGUGGUGAUCAAGGAUGAAACCCUCUACAAAGAAGAAAAUCCAGCUGCCACUCAGAAAAGAGAACAGGGGGGUGAGCAGGCUUUCUGUGAUGGGCUUUAUCGAAGGCUUUCUGAAAGUACAAACAGAUUAAACCCAGCAAUGCUAGAACAAAGUAAGUGAGAAAUGUUUAAAGAGUGAUUUCAAGAAAAAGCCCAGUUAUGGGUCAUCCAAGUUAUGUACCACAGCAGUGCCACAGCACUUUGGAUUUUCUAUUACCAUAGACAGCUUAAGUAAAUACUGAAGCAUGGGGCUGAGAGAGCAGAAGACUCCUCUAUUGUAUUGCAAGUUGCUCACUAAUGCAUUGGCUGAAACAUGAACCUUGUGAUAAAUGGCUGUACAAAGCUAUUGGAAGUUGCCGUAAGUUGUAUGAGCUUUCUCUUACUUUGCACAUUAUUAGCCUUCUCUCUUUUUUCCCCCCUGUCUCUGUUAGAGUAACGAGCCCACAGACCUCUGGGGUGGUUUUAUCUGUUGCCAUCUGGGAAAGGAGGAAUCUUACAACUGUUUUCCCUGGUAAACAUGCUGCUUGACCUGACAAUGUGGAUUUGCUCCUUCAUCUGGAGGUACCUGCACGUCUCCUAGGGUUUGCGGAAUGUGAUUAAAAACUGUU